CAGAACUCCGCCGUGCGAAGGCCGGCAUUGCAGUUUGGAUAUAUCUGAAAGCUGAUUGAAAAUGAGGAUCGUCACAUUGUGCUUCUUAGUCGUCGUAGUCGUGGUGGCAUACGCAGCUCCAUAUGAGAAGGAAGAGAGCUACAACGUGGACGAAACACUUGAGAACAGAAGAGUGUUACUACCGUACCUGAAGUGUGCUCUUGAGCAAGGCAAAUGCACAUCUAACAUGAAGGAUAUGAAGAAGGACAUACGGAAAUCGUUAACUUUUAAAUGUGUAGAAUGUACAGAAAAAGAAAGAAGAGACAGCCGGAAGAUAAUUAAGCAUUUGAUCAAUAAGGAGCAAGAUUAUUGGCAGCAGAUUGUUCAGAAAUACGACCCUGAUAGGAAAGCCGCGACCGAUUUCGAAAAGGAGUUUAAGGAAUAAUUUUGUUAAAUAAAUUCUAGUUAGACUGCAAUAAGAUUAAAUUAAGUUCGCAUUAGCUAGCGAAAAUUUAGGUAUCAAAUUAUUUAAGUACAAUCAAUUGGAAUGAUUACCAAAUACUUGUUACACUAUUGUGCAUUUUUAUUUAUGAAUUUGGU